CUUCCGGCCCCAGAGUCGGACCCGGGAGCCAGGACCCAGGACCCGGGACCCGGAGCACAGAGUCCUCUGCGCGGCUAGAGCGGCCGCCGGAGCCGGGCAUCCGAAUGGUGGCCAGCUGGAGGCCGCGGCGGAAGUUCGGGGCGGCCACUUCCGGCCUGGCCGCUUCGGGCUCCCGGGUCCGGCGUCCGCGAGGCGCACCUGCCCCGAGUCCGAGCCGAAUUUUAUUUAUUCAGGAAAGACCCAGAGAGGCAGAGCCACAGGCAGAGGGAGAAGCAGGCUCCCUGCAGGGAGCCCGACGUGGGCCUCGAUUCCGGGACCCAGGAUCACACUCUGAGCCCAAGGCAGGUGUUAAAUCGCUGAGCCACCCGGGGAUUCCACCCAGUAGGUGCAUCUUUUUUUUUUUAAAUUUAUGAUAGUCACACACACACACAGAGAGAGGCAGAGACACAGGCAGAGAGAGAAGCAGGCUCCAUGCACUGGGAGCCCGACGUGGGAUUCGAUCCCGGGUCUCCAGGAUCGCGCCCUGAGCCAAAGGCAGGCGCCAAACCGCUGCGCCACCCAGGGAUCCCCCAGUAGGUGCUUCUAAAUGUCACCUGUAUACAGACAGUUCCCAGUGUAGUACCAAACCAGCUUCAGCGUUUCUCUUGAAUUUUGGAUCAAUAUAUCCAAAAGCUCUGAUUCUCCACUUGUGAAUCUGACAGGCAUCUAAAAUACGACAUGUACAAAAAACAACUUUUAAUUUUUACCCUUCAGAUGUACUCCUGCAGUCAUAUCCCUCUGAGUGAAUGGAAAUUUCAAUAUCUUAGUAGCUUAGGCCAGAAAUCUUGGUAUCUCAUUUCAGGUCUCAUUCAUCAGCAAAUUGUAUUAACUACACCUUUGAAAUGCAUCUAGAAUCUGAUCACUUAUCACCUGCUCGCACCAUUCUAGUGCAAGAUACUGUCAUCUCUGGAUUAUUGCUAGAGCCUUCCAAAAGGUCUUCCUAUUUACAUCCUUACCCCCCCACACACACCUCCACCCCCAGUCUGUUCUCAAAACAGCAGCUGUAGAGGCCACAUGGCAGGUCAUAUCAUUGCCUAGAUCUUCCAGAUGCUUCCAAUCUCAUUCAGAGAAAAAGCCCAAGUCCUACAGCCUAUGGGGCACCCCACACUCCUCUCCCUUGCUCUCCCCUACUGCACUUCAGCCCUUCUGGCCUCCUUGCCCUUACAUGAACACAUGCAGUGGGCUUCCACCUCACAGCCUUUACACCCAUGCAUUCCCCUUCCUGGGAUGUAUCUCCUUUAAUUCCACGUGGUACCUGCCCUCACUCCAUCUGAACGUUUCCUUUGAUGUUGAUUUAUAAAAGGUGCCUUCCCUGGCCAUCGUGUGUAAAGUAUCUCCUACCACCAAUUAUUGCCCUCAUGCUGUGUAUUUUUUCUAUCCCUUAUCAUCUAUCAUCACCUGACUCAGGUAUCUUGUCUGUCAACCUCCCUUUGCUUGUACCCUGCCUUAGAGGAGGAGCCUGGUUGUUCUGAGCUGUUUGCCCACUCUCCAGGACUUCUGAGGUGGGCCUGGGAUGAAGCCUAUUGUCCACCCCAGCCAGGUUCCCCACAGGAGCCAUUAUGUGGUGGACUUAGGAUGCUGUUUGUACUGGAGGCUGCUGGGGAGACCUCAUGGUGGACAAGGGGAUAUAGUCUCAGAGAUCACUGGGUGCUUAGUCCAUCUGCCCUUCCCAGGGCUUUCUGGCAUCCCCAAACUUGGUCUCUGCUUCUCUGCUACUAUAGACCUCUUGAGACCCAGGCAUGGAAGUCUCAGUGUUGCUGUGAAAAGCAGGCUGGUCACAUUCCUUUACAGUCUUUUCUCCACCUGUCAUUUCACCUACCUCCUUGGGAUGAGCUAAGAGACCCAAUGAUGGCCGUCAAGCAGCUCCUUCCUGUUGGGUCCCAGGUUUUGGUUUCCUUUGAAGACGUGGCUGUGCUCCUCUCCCGGGAGGAGUGGAGCCAUCUGGGCCCUGCUCAAAGGGGCCUCUACAGUGAUGUGAUGCUGGAGACCUACAGGAACCUGAUCUCACUGGGACUUCAAGGUUCAAAACCUGAUGUCAUCUCCAGGCUAGAGAAGGGGGAAGAACCAUGGGCCCCAUACUCAGCGAAAAUUGAGGAGAGCUGGAUCCGGAGUCAUAAGAGUGAAAGUUUUCAGUCUCUGAUGGAAAAGAAAGGAUUGACUCCAAAACAGGAAAUUUCCAAAGCAAUGGGGUUCCGGAGAGCAAAGUCAGAAUAUGUAAGGAAUGUUUCCAAGGAAUCUGAGUUUGAAGAGAUGAAUAAAACCGAGGGAAAGUUAAAGAAUUACAGGAAAAAAUCUGCAGAGGAAGAACUUAAGAAAUCCUUCUCCCAGAAGAACAGUUCCAGGCCAGUGACGUUGACACAUGUGAAAUCCCCUGUUGCAGGAAAAGGCCAAAAAUCCAGUUCUCUGGAGGUAGACUACACUAUAGAUGCAAGCCCUGUCAGAUUUCAUAGAGCAUCUACAGGGGGUAGUCUCCCCCAGAAUGUGCCAUGUGUAAAUGACUUUCAACAAAGUCAGGACCUCAUUAAUCUCCAGUGUUUGCAUCUAGGAGAAAGAGCUUGUCAGACAGAUGUGCUCAUGAAAGCACCCAGGCAGAGUUCAGUUCUCAGUGAGAAUCAGAGGGUUAACAAUCCAGAAAAAUCCUUUGAAUGUACUGAGUGUAGAAGACUUUUCAGCCCAAGUAAAGCUCUGUCUCAGCAUCAGAGAAGUCACACUGGAGAGAUACCCUGUGAGAGUGGUGGAUGUGGAAGAACUUCCCACCACUGCUCUGUCCUCAGCCAACAUCAGGAAGUUCACCGUGGAGGGGAGUCCCAUACCUGUGCUGAGUGUGGCAAAGCUUUCAAGGCCCAUUCCUACUUCAUUCAGCAGCAUAACACUCACAUAGGAGAAAGGCCUUAUGAGUGCAGUGAGUGUGCACAUUUAUCUUACAGUCAACAUCUUCAAAUUCAUAGUGGGCAGAAACCUCAUGAGUGUAGUCAGUGUGGAAAAGCCUUUAGUCAUAGUUCUAACCUGUUUCAUCAUCAGAGAAUUCAUAGUGGAGAGAAACCAUACGAGUGUAAGGAAUGUGGGAAGGCGUUCGGUAGGCACUCGCACCUCCUUCAGCAUAAGAGAAUUCAUUCUGGAGAGAAACCUUAUGACUGUACUGAGUGCGGCAAAGCCUUCGGUGCACGGUUAUCUCUCAUUCAGCAUCAGAGAACUCAUACAGGAGAAAAACCCUACGAAUGCAAUGAAUGUGGGAAAUCCUUUAGCCUGAACCGAACCCUUAUUGUUCAUCAGAGGAUUCACACUGGAGAGAAACCCUAUAGGUGUAAUGAAUGUGGGAAAUCCUUCAGUCAGCGCACACAAGUCAUUCAGCACAAGAGAAUUCACACUGGAGAGAAGCCCUAUGUCUGCAAUGAGUGUGGAAAGUCAUUCAGUGCUCGCUUGUCCCUCAUCCAGCAUCAGAGAAUUCACACUGGAGAAAAACCUUAUGGAUGCAGUGAGUGUGGGAAAACGUUCAGUCAAAAGGGACAUCUGAUUCAGCAUCAACGAAUUCACACUGGAGAGAAACCCUAUGAGUGUAAUGAGUGUGGAAAAGCCUUCAGUCAGAGUUUUAAUCUUAUUCAUCAUCAAAGGACACACAAUGGUGAGAAGCCCUAUGAAUGUAAUGAAUGUGAUAAAGCCUUCAGUGUGCUCUCUUCCCUUGUUCAACAUCAGAGGGUCCAUAAUGGUGAGAAGCCCUAUGAGUGUCACAAAUGUGGGAAGGCCUUUAGCCAGGGCUCGCACCUCAUUCAGCAUCAGAGGAGCCACACUGGAGAGAAACCCUAUGAGUGUAAUGAGUGUGGGAAAACCUUUGGGCAGAUAUCCACCCUAAUUAAGCACGAGAGAACACACAAUGGAGAGAAACCCUAUGAGUGUGGUGACUGUGGGAAAGCCUUCAGCCAGAGUGCACACCUCGUCCGCCAUCGAAGGAUUCACACUGGAGAGAAUCCCUAUGAGUGCAGAGACUGUGGGAAAGCCUUCAAUGUCCGUUCCUCUCUUGUUCAGCAUCACAGAAUUCAUACAGGGGAGAAGCCUUAUGAAUGCAAGAAGUGUGGCAAGGCCUUCAGUCAGCACUCACAAUUUAUUCAGCAUCAGAGGAUUCACACUGGAGAGAAGCCCUAUAUUUGCAAUGAAUGUGAGAAAGCCUUCAGUGCACGUUUAUCCCUUAUCCAACACAAGAGAAUUCACACAGGAGAGAAACCUUACAAAUGCACUGAAUGUGGAAAAUCCUUCCGACAAAGCUCUCACCUUAUUCGACAUCAGAGAGUUCACAGUGGAGAGCGACCUUAUAUGUGUAAUGAAUGUGGGAAAACUUUUAGCCAGAGAAUAACUCUUACUAGUCAUGAGAAAACUCACACCGGAGAGCAAGCCUAUAAGUGUGUUAAACGUGAGGACCUCUUAACUGCACAGUCAGCUUCCAUUCAGCACCAUAAAGUUCACAAUGGAGAAUAACAUCUUUAUUCAAUAAAGUCUUCACUAUUUUACAUCAGGAGCAGUAUACUGAUGGGAAAGCCAUCACUUUUACAGCUUUCAUUUUGGAGAUUGAUCUCUUAAGUGAUUUAUCAGUCUCCCAGUGCACUGUUAACUAAAAGCAGGAUGCCAAAAUAUGUGGCAAAAAUUCCAAGGUCACAUGCCAUCCCUUAGAUUCAGAGGGUGGAUCUAUGCUUGAGUGUUUUAAAGGAUCACAAUUUAAUUACACUUACUCAAGAUUGUGUUUUCAUAGCACCAGACUUUAAGGUGCACUGAGGUACUUUGUGGGACCACCUGCUUUUCCUUCCUCAUUGUCUAUUUAAGGUUCAAGAAAAGUAGUUGGAAUCCUUGCUCUUUGAUUCAUGAUAGAGCCAGAUUGGGAUUUCAUUGUUGGUUUGUUUGGGCCUCUUCAAAAUGUUUUUGUUUUAUUGUGAGGAGAUGUGCCUUCAGAAGUGUUAUCCCUUUCAGCAUCAGAUAAUCUAAACAGCAGAGAAAUCUUGGCAAAAUUUGCUAAGGAAUGAAUUUAGGUUUUUAUGUAGAUUCAAACUUUGAGAUCCUGCUAAGAACUCCAAUGACACAUGUAAGAUGAGUUUUUCUACAAGGUAAUUUGGAAAAUCAAAACCCUAUGAAUUGGGAGGAAAAUAAGCAUAAGGUAGACACACAGUGGCAUGGAAUAUGACUUACAGAUUUUGUUCUUAAAACCAAGGUUGGUGUAUUCCAUAUCAGUUUUUCAGCAAGCAAAGGUGAGUGGUCAUCAGUUGUUCCCUUUUACUGAGCAGCCUGGCACUGAACAGACCCUGAAAAGUGGCAUGUCCCUCUGCUACACCAGAGGACAGGACUCCAGGAGAGGCAGGGUCAUUAAGCAGCUUUGAGCAGGUUGAUAAUUAUUCAGGUUGUUUGUCAACCCAUGCACUCUUUUCUACAUACUUUAAAGGUGCCUUUUGUCCUCUGGAGUGACAUUGGUCAGCAGCGUCUCUGUGUCUUUUGGUUCUUGAUGUUCAAACUGAUUUUUUUUCCUAGCCCCAGUUUUCAGAAUUGCUACCCUUGCCUGUAGUGUUUCUGCCUGAUUCACUUGUGAGUGGCUCACUUCAGUAUCCUUAGAACCUCCUUCUCCAGGAACUUCUUUAGCACUUUCUCCUACUUUUUUUGUGGAGGAAAGAUUAGCAUCAAAGUGAGCUGAAAUGGGUUGUAGAUAUGAGAAAUUCAGCAACAGCAGUCUAUGAGAGACUUCUGGAAGCUGAAAUCUGGCAAUGAGAGCUUAGAGUCUGAUGAACAAGCUGGAUGCCAUAUGUACAAACAUCUCGGGAUUGGCCAGUUAAUAUUUGUGAUAAGCUACAAUGGAAUGAUGCUUUGUAUAUAAGAAUUGGGGUAAGAAAGAAGAAAGGUUAAGAGUAAUGAAUUACUUAGUAAUUAGCCAUUUUAUUCCUUUAUAGAGUCCUUUUCACUAAUAAAGUUAUUCCAGUUUUCCUGUUUAUUAAAGGAGCUUUCUUAGAAUUUGAUCUUUUCUCCUUCAUUGACUUGACCUAUAUUUCAGGUCUUAUUUUCCAGGCUGUUGUCCAUAUUGCAGUGGUAGUGGUCUUUGCUUAUCUUAGAAUGUUGAAAAGCUGAUUGGAAAAUCUGCCUCUCCAUUGUAAUCCUCCUAAACACAUUUCACCACAAAUAGGUUUGACUUAAAAUAAAAUAAAAACUGGAAUGAAUUUACUGUGAUAAUAAGGGCUAUAUGCUGAACAAAAAUUCUGAUUAAGUCUAUAAAGCCUUUACUUUUAUUUUUACUGUAGCAUAUACCAGGCAUUGUGAUUAAUGCUUUGCGUGGGUUUUCUCAUUAAACCCCCACAUCAUUUCAGUGAA